AUGGAGAAUGCAUCGGACGCAGAACUCCUGCGCCAUCAAGCGGCUAUCAACGAAGAAGUGAGACGUCGCGGUCUCCAGAAACCUCAGCCAUCCACCGCCAGCGCCUCAAGCUCUGCAAGCUCCUCACGUGCAAGCACAGUCAUUUUCACUCCAAAUGGCUCCGAGCGCGAGGAUGCCAGUGUCAGCGACAUGAUGAACUUCACCCCCGACAACUCCGAUACCGAGUCUGUGCCAGGAGCAGAACCACCACACAGCUCGGUCGGCAGCAUGGUCUCGAAGGAGGUCCAGCAGUAUACAACCAACCAUGGCAUCUUCAUUGGUUGGGUUAACCCGGCGGCGUUCCACGUCAUGCCAUUGCCGUACUACCAGGAGACUGGUAAUCUGCAUGGCUUGGUGGCUCGGUGCAGGGCCAUCGCUGCCAAACGCCCUCAAUCCAUCCCGGCAAAUGUCAUCCUAGCACUGGAUCAGAACGUCACCACUCGCAAGUUUGUCUCGGAUCAGUAUCUCGCUCUGAGAGCUCUACCAGGCUCGGUGCUGGAUGAGGGCAACAAGCAGCACAAGGCGAUACAGAACAUCCUUCGCCGGUGCCUCAAGAUCCUCACUAAGGCUCAGCUCGGACGCCAGACAUGA